CCUUUUAGAGAGAGAAAGUAGGAGAUUUCCUUUGCCGUCGCUAGCCCUCUCACCGCCGUUCUUGCCCACCUUCCGGCUCCACACUAGGUUAGUCCUCCUCGUCCUUGUCCUUCCAUGUCUUCCCAAUCCUCGGUCUUUCGUCAGUUCGAGUCCGAGCACGGUGCCGAGGGCUCCGUCACAGGCUCCGCGCAGGAGAACGACUCCCGCUCGCCCUUCGUCAAGGAGAUAGUCGAGGCGGUCGAGAUCCCUCUUCAGUCCGAGCCUCGUAAUCAGAGGCGGACCAUUCUCGAGGACUCGGGGAUCCGAGCGCGAAAAUGCACCCUUACCCGGGAGGAGUUCCGCAAGGCGAAGCGCCUAGCCUCGGCGCCGGGUGUUACCGUGCACCGUCCCACCGCCGAACAAUCAGUCUUUGAUGCCCCACCGGGUUUCUUCGCCAUCCACCUCAAGUCCCUUGAGUAUGGGUUCCGCUUCCCCCUCCACCAGUUAGUCAUAGAUUUCUUCCUCCACUUUGAUUUUCUCCCUUGCCAAGUCGUGCCCAAAUCCCACCGUUACUUGGCGGGAUUUCUUAUUCGUUGCCAAGGGACCGGGGUUUGCCCCGACCUGGCCCGCUUCCUGCUUCUCUUCCGGUUGGCGAAGUCGUCUGGCCGGGCGAACUCCGACUCGGGCUCGUAUGCCUCCAUAUUCCAAAGACAGGAGAAGCUUUUCAAGACGAGAAAGGACUCCGCCAAGAGUUGGAAAGGGAAAUUCGUCUUCGUUUCUCUUUCCUCGGGCUCCCCCUUUCGUAAAGAACCCCUCAGCUCCUUCCGUCGCCGUUCCGCGUUCGUCAGCUCGGACAAGAUGCUCGAGGAUGUAGAGACGCUCUGCCGAGGGGGGCCCUUCGAAGUCGGCUCGAUAGUGACGAACGAUGCGUUAGCGGCACUCGGCUUCGUCUUCCUAUCCCCGGAGGAAACUCAACGGAGCAUCGAAGAAAGCCCCUCAGGUGAAAUCAUGCUCUCCAGCACCGAGCGAAUGAAGCUCAUGUUCCCAGAUGCCCCAAGCGGCAACUCCUGGGCUCCUACCCGCUCACCCCUUGUAUACCUGCAGGCGAUGAUGCGCAUGGUCGACAUCACCCAGCGGCUGCGCAUCUGUGAGGCUGACCGGAGCAGGGCUUAUGUUGAGAUAGCUGACCUCAACGAGGCGCUGAAGGUGGCUAAGGAGCAAGCUCGCCAGGCCGAGGAGAGGGCUCAGCAGCUCGCGGAGGAGGCGGCUCGCCAGGCACGCAACGAGGCUCGCGAGCAAGCCGUGGCCGAGUUCAUAUCUUCGGGGGCGUUCCAAGACGAGGCCUUCGCCCGCAUGAAUGACCUGCUCAAGGCCUGGGGUCAGACUGACGCUGGACGGGCUUUUGCUCACUCCGAAGGGACCCAGUGGUACAACCUCGGCCUGUUCCGAGCGCAGCAGGUCCUUUCCGACCGGUUCCUCAAUGGAGAGGACUUCCCCGAACCGUGCGACAACCCUGAUGAGCUCGACACUUCCAUCUAUUACCCGAGUGGCGGAGACGCGGCCGGCGAGCAGACGGGUGCUAAUGAGGCGCGAGGGGAGACGUUCUCCUUUGGCAGCUAUUCCCUUGGGGGCUCUUCGGCCAUUCCAACCAAGUCGGGGCCGACCUCGACCCCGCCGCCCUCUCUGCGGGACUCUUGGGACUCGGACUCUGAGUCUGAGUCGGUACACCCCGAUCCUUCUGCCAAGAUCCCGGGGUUCAUCUACUAUUCGUCGGAGGAGGACGAGAAGACCCCAUCUCCGCCAGCUCCGCCGGUCCGUCGUGCAGUCGUCGCCCCUCCGGUUCCUGCCGGCCGCGGCGGCCGAGGCCGUCACCCUCCAGCUCCUCCCGCGGCGGUUCCAAACGAGAGCUCUGUGGCAUCCCACCAUCCGAGCCGGUGCUCCCUUGAAGAGCCAGGCUCGCCCAGCCAUGACGAGUCUACCGGGCACUCCGUCGUCAGUCGGGCUCCUUUAGCUCCCUACCCUCCGCCUUUCCCGUGCAAGCGUGGGUAGAACUGUGGCAUGCACUGAAGUUAACUCUUGCUUUAAUCAUUGUAAUGUGUUUAAUUAUUGUAAGGCGUUUGUGCCAUGCACCUGCCCGUUUUCCGGGAUGAAUAAAAUUUGGAUGUGAUUAAGCCUUGCUUUCACUUUUCGCCCUUAGCUUUCAGUGU